CCCCCGCCCUCACGCCCCUUAUAUAGCUCCUUCAGCAGGGACUUGGGGCACACUCGGGACGUUUCCCAAGAACAGAUCAGCUUGGGGACCAGAUUUUCAGAACGGAAGAGGAGCAGGUUGCAGACAUGAGUGACGAAUCAAACGGGAAUCCCAUUGAAGAUAGCCUGGUUCAGCUGAGAUGCCACUUCACCUGGGAGCUGCUAGUUGAAGACACUGAGAUGCCCGAUUUAGAGAACAGGAUCUUGGAUGAGAUUGAGUUCCUAGACACCAAAUACAACUCGGGCAUACACAACCUGCUGGCCUACGUCCGACACCUGAAAGGCCAGACUCGGGAGGCCCUGGGGAGCCUGAAGGAAGCCGAAGACCUGAUCCAGCAGGAACACGGCGACCGAUCGGCUGUGAGAAGCCUGGUCACCUGGGGCAACUACGCCUGGCUGUAUCACCACAUGGGCAGGCUGGCGGAGGCCCAGACUUACCUGGACAGGGUGGCGAACACUUGUGAGAAGUUUGCAGCCCCCUCCUGCUACAGGCUGGAGUGUCCUCAGAUGGACUGUGAGGAAGGGUGGGCCUUGCUGAAGUGUGGAGGAAAGAACUACGAGCGGGCCAAGGCCUGCUUCGAAAAGGCUCUGGCAGCGGAGCCUGAGAACCCUGAAUUCAGCACUGGGUAUGCCAUCACCAUCUAUCGCCUGGACGGCUUCAACAAAGCGACCCAGGUCAGCGACGCAUUUUGUCUGCAGCCUCUAAAAGAGGCCAUCAGGCUAAACCCAGAAGACGCGUAUAUCAAGGCUCUGCUCGCCCUGAAGCUUCAGGACGUGGGCCAAGAAGCCGAAGGAGAAAAGUACGUCGAAGAGGCACUGACCGACAUGUCCUCGCAGGCCUACGUCUUUCGAUACGCGGCCAAGUUUUACCGCAGGAAAGGUGCUCUAGAUAAAGCUCUUCAGCUCCUAAAGAGGGCCCUGCGGGCCACGCCCUCCUCCGCUUUCCUGCAUCACCAGAUGGGGCUUUGUUACAAGGCACGCAUGAUCCAAAUCAAGAGAGCGGCAAACUGGCAGCCCAGAGGACAGGAUAGAGACAAUGUCCACAGAUUGGUUCACUUGGCUAUAUGUGAAAUUCAAAAGACUCUGAUGCUAAGGCCCACAUUUGAGUUGGCUUAUGUUGAACUGGCUUACAUGUAUGCAGAAAUAGGCCAACACACAAAGGCUGAGGACGCCUUUCAGAAAGUGUUGCACAUGAAGAACAUCAACGAUCAUCUACAACAAGAGAUUCAUUACUGCUAUGGCCAUUUCCAAGAACUUCACAAGAUAUCUGUGGAUAAAGCAAUCACCCAUUAUUUAAAAGGUCUCAAAAUAAGAAGCAUCUCCCGCACCAGGGAAAAAAUUCUCAGCGCCCUAGAGAAGUUAGCUAAAAGACAUAUUCAUCAGAAUGUACGUGUGGUGGAAAGUUUCAGCAUCCUUGGGCUCAUCCACAAAUUGAAAGGGGAAGUGAGUGAGGCCCUGGUGUGUUAUGAGAAGGCUCUCAGGCUGGCUGCUGACUCCAACGCCAUGGUCUGAAACAGAGGUCACCAUUACUUGUUUAAUGUCAUAACUAAAUAUAGCCAACACCUUCCUGAUCGCUGCUUUCAGGAACAUGUGACAUGCUGAAAUACAAGAGUUGAUACAACACAGGCUGUGCUGCCUGCUGAGCGCCGCCCCCCCCCCCCCCCACCAUUUUCUUUCCCCUCCUGUCAAUGUGUAACACAUCCCUGUACUCAUUGGCCAAGGUCGGUUGAUGCUUUGGGAGGCACCUAUCACCUGCUAGGCCAACGGAAGCUCUUUUCCCUAUGGCUUUGCAUGGGGAAAGGGUGCAUGGGUGGCUUCCGUCCUCCAUCUGCCUGGUCUCCGAAACAGAGGAGUCUUAAACAGGGAAGAUUUCAGCCCCUCCUGGGCCCAGCACACUGGUCACACGCCAGUGUAGCUCUGUGCACACACCCCUGUCUCUGCAGGAGCACACACACAGGACGUCCGUGCCUUGGUCCGAAGACACUUCCGCUGGUUGGCUCACACACUCAAAGCAUGAAUUCCUGGAGACAGUCAUCCUGAGCCAAGAGCAUGGGCUGCUCAUAUACACAUGCACCACGUGUAUCUCUCUCCACACACACUGAUUCUGGAGCUCACACAGGCCCAUUCCUGCGGACUUGUGCACAUACACAUUCUGUAUUUGGAAAAUUCCUGACACUGUAACCCAGUCAGAAGUUUAAAAAAAAAAAUUAAAAAAAAAAAAAAAAGAUUUACUUUUCAUGUGGCCGGGCGUGCUGACCUACCAGAUCUAAAAGCAAGGCAAAUGAGCAAAGAUGAAAGAGAAAAGAGAAGGGACUUCAGGAGGUCACUAGAGUGUUCCAGUCCCGGUGUCCAUCUCCCAAGGCCUUCCCACAGCCAAGAACUGCUGGCCAGGAAGCCAAGUCUAUAACCUCAUAAGAAACUCAAACAUUUCGGGACACGUUUGUCCAGCCGCUGGCAAUCGCAAAGAAUCUGUGCAUUCCAAACACGUCGCUGGACGUGUACUCACCCCUAAGAAAAAUUAAAAUGUACUGGGGAAAGACAAAUAAAGGAAAAGCCCGUUUAGGAGGUGCAAGCCAAAAGUGACAAAUACAUUAAUGCAGUUUUUAGGUGCUGGCCCUUGGGGUACAUCAUAUAAUCUUCUUUUUCCCUAAGAUAUUUUCUCCAAAAGCAUUCAGUAAAGUUAGAAACUUGGUAAGCUAACAAAGUCUUUGAGUGAGUUUUAUUAGUGAGAUUUUAAAAGGUAUAUAUUCCAGGGGCACCUGGAUGGCUCAGUCGGUUAAGCGUCCGACUUCUGCUCAGGUCAUGAUAUUGGGCUCAUGGGUUCAGGCCCCGCAUCCAGCUCUGUGCUGACAGGUGGGAACUUGCUUCGGAUUCUGUGUCUCCCUUUCUGCCCCUCCCCUGCUUGUACUGUCUCUCUCUCUUUCUCAAAAAUAAACGUUAAAAAAAUUCUUUUUUUAAAAAAAGAUGUGUAUUCUUGGGGCACCUGGGUGGCUCAGUCAGUUAAGCAUCCAACUCUGGAUUUCAAUUCAGGUCAUGAUCCAUCGGUUUGUGAGUUCAAGCCCCGUAUCAGUCUCCGUGCUGACAACGCAGAGCCUGCUUGGGAUUCUUUCUUCCUCCUUUUCUUUCUCCCUCCCCGGCUCAAGCUCAUGCUCUCUCUCAAAAUAAAUAAGUAAACUUAAGAAAAA